GUUUCCGCAGAAACGUCUCUCACAUCCAAUUAAAACGGACGAGCUCAGCUGGAACGAACAGGACUACGGAGACGGUGGUGAGACCUUCCAGGUACUGCGGAGCUGCACAAAAGAAGGAACUUCAUUUGUGCGGUCUUUGCCUGGCAAUGCGGUGCUACCCAAGAAAAGCUCUGAGGAACACAGCCGUUCUCAUCUCCCUCGUCGCCCUGCUCUACGUAUCAGUCUACUCACCCAACACUGAGACAUCUGACUACGGAGAGGUGCAGAUAUGGGCCCGGGAGCUUGUCUCACAGCAGUUCCACUCUGAACGGAACCUGCAGAUUUUUCACCAUCUCCAGAAUGACACGGUGCCGUUCAACAUGUCCUACAAGUUCCUGGCCGGCUUUCCUGCAGUGUCCCAGAAAUAUCUUACUGUGGGCCUGUCCUCCGUCAAGAGGAAGCAAGGUUUUUACCUGUUGGACACCCUCCAUUCCAUCUUCACAGAGUCUUCUCAAGAGGAGCUAGAGGAGAUGGUGGUCGUGGUUCUUCUGGCAGACUUCGACACGGACUGGAACAAGCGAAUGCUCAAAGCGAUCUACAAGAGGUUUUAUGGGCCUGUCCUGAAAGGGCAGCUCCUGGUCACCCACUUGGAGCAGAAGCACUACCCACCUUUGGAGGGACUGAAGAGAAACUUCAACGACCCACCAGACCGCGUCUACUUUCGCUCUAAGCAAAACGUGGAUUACGCCUUCCUCCUCAGUGUCAGUGCCAAUCUAUCACGUUACUACAUCAUGCUGGAGGAUGACGUGGUCUGCGCGAGGAACUUCCUCACCUCCAUCAAGAAGUUCAUUCAGUCCCAUGGCGAUUCCCCAUGGGUCACCAUGGAGUUCUCCAAGCUGGGCUACAUUGGCAAGUUGUAUCACUCCAGCAGUCUGCCACAGUUGGCAUCCUUCCUGUAUCUGUUCUACCAGGAGAUGCCGUGUGAUUGGCUGCUGGGCCACUUCAGCAAACUUCUGGUUCAGGUCAAGCCCAUUCGCUUCAAACCAUCUCUCUUCCAGCAUGUGGGCUUGUACUCGUCCUUUAAGGGCACGCUGAACCGCUUGAAGGAUGAGGACUUUGAGCAGGAUCCCAAGACGGUCUCUGAUAAUCCUGCGGCUGAUAUCUUUACGGACAUUAUUCAUUUUAAGGAGUUCACAGCCGAGAAGGCGUAUGAUUUAGGGACCAGCUUCUUCUGGGGAAAGAAUCCCUCUGCAGGAAACCACUUCACCCUCGUCUUCCACAAUCCUGUAGCUCCGAAACGCAUCCUGAUCAGGACAGGGGCCCCGGACUCAAAGAAGGACAUUUUGGUUUCUGCGGAUGUGGAGGUAGGCCAUGAUCCAGUACGGACAGACAAAGUGUUGCAGUGUUCAAAAUACUUCAAACUUGGCUCCUUGGUUGAUGGGCAGUUUGAGAAAAAGGACAUCCAGGUGGAUAUUGAUUCUGCUUUGUCUUGCCUGAGAAUUUUCGUGAGUCAAAGCCAGGAGCAAUGGGUUAUUAUUCAUAGAAUACAAAUUUGGAUUUAGUUAUGGUUAAAAACAAAAAUGGUAUUCAGUCUGCUGGUAUAGAAUUAGAUUACCCUUUGAUAUAUAUUGUGUUAAGAAAAUGGUUUACUGGUUUAAGUACAUUUUUGAUGAUGUAUAUUUGUUGCAAAGUAAUUGUCAAAGUAAUAGAACUAUUAAAGAUUAAUAUUAUCUAA